AUGUUCCGUAUUGAAGGCCUCGCGCCGAAGCUGGACCCCGAGGAGAUGAAACGGAAGAUGCACGAGGAUGUGAUCUCCUCCAUACGGAAUUUCCUUAUCUAUGUGGCCCUGCUGCGAGUCACUCCUUUUAUCUUAAAGAAAUUGGACAGCAUAUAAAGAUUGAACAUCAAAUGUGAAUGCAUGAUAUGAAGAAUCUGGUUUCUACUCUGCAUAUGAAUCUGCAAAUGAAUAGGCUCAGAAAGAUGUAAGAGACUCUUUGAAUGGACAUAAAACUUCUACUUGUUUAAGAGCAAGUUUGGUUGUGAAAACUGACCUUCAUAGCUAAAAUAGAAAACUAUUUGGGAAGUAUGAAAAGACAUUUUUUUAUGCCUGUGAUAUUCAGCUUCCAUGAAUGUUGGUGUAAUUGUAAAUAAUGUCAAACUCCAUUUUCUGGCAAGUAUUAAUUAUAUAAGGGAAUUACGUCUGU